CAGCAUGCAUCGCAAAAUACGUCCGUCCAUUCUGAUGAUCAGGAAGAUGGCAGGCUCUGGGGUGGAGCCACAGAUCCUUGUACAGUACUUAGUGUUACGAAAGGAUCUAUCUCAGGCUCCUUUUUCCUGGCCCACGGGAGCAUUGGUAGCGCAGGCAUGUCACGCCGCCACAGCAGCCUUGCACCUCCAUCGAGACCAUCCGCACACAGCAGCUUAUCUCCGGGAGCUGGGGCGCAUGCGCAAGGUCGUUCUCGAGGCUGCUGAUGAGGCCACCUUGAAGGAGCUGGCUGAGACCCUGCAGCAGAAGAGCAUUGACCACACGCUGUGGCUCGAGCAGCCUGAGAACAUUGCCACGUGCAUUGCCCUGAGGCCGUACCCCAAGGAAGAAGUGAGCCAGUAUUUGAAGAAGUUCCGGUUGUUCAAGUGACUAACGUUCUGGGAGAACUGAAUGUCAUCUGGUCUGGGGAGCCACAUGGCCUCAUCCUGAAGCAUUGUGGAUUCCUUUCAAUGUUGACGUACUCAUCCCUUCUAGUUAUGGUGGUUUCUUACGAACCAGCACAAAUUCAAAUUAAAGCCCUCAUUAAUCAGCA